AGUAAGCAGCAUAAACAUGUUCUCCCCUUGGACUUUUCCAUCUGACGAAGACGAGCCGCACAGGCGGGUAAACGAACCGGAGAAGAAGGUAAAGAAGAGAAAAUGGUGGCAGAGACGCCAGAAGGUGGAGAUGCAGGACGUGGAGGGUGAGAAGGGAAAUGAGGUAAAGGGUGAAGAGAUGGGGCAAGGAGUGGAGCAGAAGGUUUUAGAGGACCAGGCAGACCAAACACCAAAGAUGGAGAAGCAGGUGGUUCUGGGAAAAAACAAACCUGAGAAGAAAGUAAAGAAGAGAAAAUGGUGGCAGAGACGCCAGAAGGUAGAGAUGCCGGACGGAGAAGAUGAGAAGGGAAAUGGGGUGAUGGUAGAGAGGGAGAGUGAAGGAUUGGAGAACCAGGUUACACAUGUGGAAGAGCAGAUGGUUCUGGAGAACCAAACAAAAAAACUGGAUGAGCCGGUGGUUCUGAUGAACCAAAUACAGAACCUGGAGAAGCAGGUUGCUCAGGAGAGUCAGAUGGAUAAAUUGGAUAAGCAGGCAGUUCUAGAGGACCAGAGACAGAAGCUGGUAAAGAAGAUGAUUCUGGUUAUAGAGAUAGAGAUGAAGGAGGUAGAGGUGCAGGUGGUUCUGAUGGACCCCAUGCCAAAUUUAGAGGAGAGAAUAGUCCUCAAAAACGAGGCACAAAGGCUGGAGAAGCAGGUGGUUCUGAUGGACCCCAUGCCAAAUUUAGAGCAGAAAAUGGUCCUCAAAAACCAGGCACAAAGGCUGGAGAAGCAGGUGCUUCCGAUGGACCACAUGAAGCAUGUGGAGGAACGGGUGGUUCUUCAGAACCACAUGCAAAACUUGAAGGUUCAGGCAGUUCAGACAAACCCAAUGGAGAAGCAUAAGAAGCAGGUGGUUUGUAGAAACCAAAUGCAGAACCAGGUGGUUCUGAUGGUGGAACGAGACCGGCUGGUAGGUAUUGGUGAUUGGAUAAACAAAAUGGUGAAGCAGGUGAGUAACCACAUGGUUUUGAUGGAUGGGACUGAUAAACCUAAGGUGGAUCUGAUGGACCAGACAGGAAAUUUAGAGCAGGUGGGUUUACAGGACCAGAUGAAAAAUCUGGAAGCACAGGUGGUUCUGAGGAACCAAAAGAAUGAAUCAAACAAGCGGGUGGUUCUAGUCGUGGAUAGAAAGAAAUUGGAGAAGUGGUUGGUCCUGAUAGAUCAAGUGUAUAAACUGAAGCAGGGAGGUUUAGAGGGUCGCAGAAAGGAAAACAACAACCAGGUGGUUUUAAGGUACUCAAAGAACAACAUGAAUAAGCUGUUGGUUCAGAUGUUUCAGAUGGAGAAACUGGAUUCAGCUCUACAGGACAUGGAUGAAGCACCUGAGCACCAGUGGACAGAAUUGCAGGAUCCAGCAGCUUUGGAGCUCAUAGAGGAGCAGAACCUGGAUAGAGGAUGGACUGGAGAUCCACUGAAGAACAUCUCCGAGGUGUCUUCAAACAAAGCGGACCACCAGCAGCUGCAGGACGACGUUCUUGUUCCCUCCAUCGUUGAAGCCCAACCUGAAGAGUCCGGGGCUCUGAUGGAGACCUCGUGUGAAGAUGAAGGAGUGUCCGUGCCGGCCGAUGUCGAAGUUGAGGAGAACCAGACUGAGAACCAAACGCCCAGUACCGGCUACAAAAUCCUCAAAGGUUUUAUCAUCGGCGCUGCUGCUGUGUUGACGGUCAUCAUAGCCUCCCGUCGACUGCCCUCGAUCUUCAACGUCUGAAUGUGACGUGGUGACGAUCCGGAGAACCCGGGGCGGCAUGAAUCACCCAAUCACACGCCGGCCACCAAAAAGCAACUUUUCCAAAAGCAAAAUAAAAAUAAAUAAAAUGCAUUCAUGAA